UGAAACACGGGAUAGAAUAGGUGUUGGUGGAGUAGUGAUACAUACACCUUCAUUAUAUGACUACCAAGUCUACUGGCAGGUUUCAGACAGAGAAAAUUUUAAAUUCAAAGCCAAUGCCUCACGAAAUGUAGGGUUGUAUUUGGAUAAUCCUACAGAUGGUAAUGGGCAUGAGAUGAUUCUUGGUGCGAAUGUUAAUAGGUAUUCUUGCGUACGUCCAUGUAUAGCGUGUCCCUGCUUCUAUCAAUCUCUGGCAUAUGUUAGUCCACUGGCUUUUGGCGUUCGAAAAGACGUCUGGAUUUUCUGGAAUUCGACCCUCAUGUCCGCUGGAGCCGCUUUGAAUAUAGGAGAAAAUGCAUUUCUUACAUAUCGCUUUGCAAACAAUCAUCCUGGUAUCCAACGCAUCUUUAUCAGCACCCAUGUCCAAACCAGUGGCAUAUGGGAAAUGCCUGAUUACUUGACUUUUGUUACCAAGUCAAAUCUAAAGAAUACAACAAUCUAUUGGGAUGUGGCUGGUGUUUCAUCUGCUUUAUUUUCAAUAGAAACUUGUGGAAGUGUAGAUAUAAUCUUCACCACCAAUUUGGCUCAUGUAUCUUAUAAAGUUGGUUUAGGGGACUGUUCUAACUGGUGUACAACUAUCCAGAAGGUCCUGACCAACAAUACAGAAAGUACUCCCACUACUGUUCAAGUCGACAAAAAUCCUCUAUGGUGUUCGCGUUCUGAAGAUGUAUGGAUAAGCUGGAAAAAUACCACGAAUAAACUAGAAGUUGGAACUGGACAAGUUCUUCACCAAGAUGGCAUUGUUGCUAUGGACGACAUGGAAAAGGAUGCUCUUGUCGAACGUAUGACGAUACAGAGUUCAUUAUCUGCUAAGUGGAAAAUAGAUGUUUACGGUUGUGAAUUAAACAGAAAUCGCACCUGUCACUGUAGGCAUCCAUCUUUUCAUCCUACAUUAGAUGGCGACUUCCACUGUGAUAGCGAACCUGUGCAGAACAUGGAAAGGGAAUAUGACCAGAAAAUGGACGAACCUAUCAAAAGUAAUACCUGGCGAACUGAGGGAAAGCUGUACUCCACCACCUUGGCUAAAUGGAUCAUCACUAAAAGUUCCAGGAUAAAGUGUGGUGUAGAAUGUGAAUUGAGGAACUCCUGCUCUAUUUUCUCGUACAAUAAGCUAAACAAAUCAUGUUGGUUGUAUGAUGCACAACAUUUCAAUGUGAAUGACUUUAUUGAAAACGAAAAUUUUAAAACCUAUAUAUCAUAUUAA